GCGUCAUUCAAUGGGCGGUAAAAAGUAAUAAUAGAGGUUAUGUUUAAUUUUCCUAUUUCGACUCAUUUGUUCGUUCUUUUGUGAUACAUUCCAUUACAUUUUCAGAAAUACCUAUAUAAUAAAACUGUAAGAAGAAAAAUGUGGAACGACAGUGCAUUCGGUGACAGUACAAAUGCAGGAACAGGAUUUUUCAAUGCAGGAAAUGAUGCAGAUAAUGCACAACCAAAAACCAAAGGGCAAGUUCGCCGUCUACAAAGUGUUGUCCCUGUAUGUGUUCGCCAGAUUAGAGAUCAUCCUGAAGAAGAGUUUAAGUUAUUUGGCAUGCAGACCCAGAUUCUAACAUUAGUAGCAAUUCUUAAACACUAUGAUGUACAAUCAACCAAAGCCACUUAUGAAUUGGAGGACCACACAGGAAGGAUAAAAGCGAUACUUUGGCUCGAAAAUGAUAAUACCUCUGCCCCAAACUUACCAUUAGUUAAAGAAGGCUGCUAUUUGAAAAUUUAUGGAUCAUUACGUGUGCAGGAGGGUGAAAAAAUUCUAAUGGUACUUCGGAUGUAUCCAGUGGACCACAUCAACGAAAUUACCACGCAUCUUCUCAAUGUUAUACGCACACGUCUUCAAGCCGAAGCUGUGAGCAAAGGACCGGGUCCUCUUGCUAGCAUUAAGAAAAAUAAUCCCGGUGCAGAGCUGGCAAAUUCUAUGAGUCUUAUGAGCGAUAUGGAUAUCAGUAACUCAACUCGUCCAAACUUCACACCUUUACAGGAAAAGUUGUACAAUAUCCUAAAGGCGGAUAAUUCACUUCAAGGUUUACACCGAACAGUUGUAUGCCAGUCGUUUCCUCCUAGUUUACAUCGUGAAGUUAAUGCUGCGCUGGAAAACUUGAUCAAUGAAGGACAUGCAUACUCCACAAUCGACAAUGAUCAUUUUAAAAUAACUGAUACCAUGUAAUAAAAUACCUUCGCUUUAUACAUCGAGUUACAAUAUUUUCUUACACGUUCCCUAUGUUUUUGGAAAGGAUAGGCUAAGUUUCUAGUUUCUUAAAUAUUUAUACUUCUGUACAUAACACUUAGAAUUGUACCUACACGUUGAAAUAAAUUUGCGCAAAUUGUGAA